CAUAGCUAUAAGGGGUCUUAUAAACUUAUAUGGCUUCACAGUCUUCCUCCUCUAUUCCUAUAACUAAAAUAAUAGACAUGAAACCUGGCAUGAAGAAUUUAAAUGUUAUGUUUAUUGUGCUCGAAAGAGGAUCUACUACAAAAACUAAGGAAGGCGGUAUUAUUGUCCAGCACCUUGUAGCAGAUUCUACGGCUUCUAUAACAGCCUCUCUGUGGGAUGAAAAAGGUGAAGCUCUACAGCCAGGGGAUAUAUUUAUCAUGAAUGGGGGCUAUGCCUCUUUGUAUAAGACAUCAUUAAUGCUAUAUUGUAGUCGAUACGGAUCCAUAGAAAGAGUUGGAGAAUUUACAUUUUUGUUUUCAGAGCAAUUAAACAUUAGUAAUUUUGAAUGGAUUCCAGAUGCCAAUGCUCCUGGUGGCUAUAUCCAAGUAGAGAGUCGGAGCAAAGGUGGAAUUAGAAGUUCUUCUAUUCAUCCUACGCUGCGAUAAUAUUUGAUCUUAUUAUUUGUAAGUAUUCUGUAACGUGUUCAAUAUAAUUUAAUUGGUUAAUGUUAAUCAUAAUUGGUAGAAGUAUUAUU